AUGCAUCAAAUAUCCUUAUGGCAAUUUUUAUGUAUAGUUUUUAUAUAUCGAUUGAAUGUUGGAUUGACUCUUUCAAAUUCUUCCCAUGGAACUAGUUUUACUCGUUGGACUGAAGAUGAUUGGCUUGAAACAGAUUUCUUCAUUCAAGCAAAAUUUAUGUUUAAUCGGCAACGUUAUGAAAAUAUUAUUCUUCGUACACGAAUGGCUGAAUGGUCCUUAGAAUUAUCUUAUGGCGAUAAAAAUAAUCUAAAUAAACUUUGGACAGAAUUACAUUUAUUUCUUGAUCGCCGUUAUCAUAGUAUGAGUUUCAAUGAUUCCAUAUCAGAUCAUGUUAGACACACAUGUCGUCCACCAAUUCUUUCACCAUUAACAAAUGAUUCAGCUGUGAGUAUACCUGAAUUAGCUGAAAUCGAUAAACGUAUUGCACAAUAUUUUGUAAACGAUGGUUUCUUUCGAACCAUCAAUUAUAUACAUUGCACAAUUGAUGAACGACGUCACAAUCCAUCGCUUCAUAUUCAAAUGGAUAUUUAUUUAGUUACUAAUCGUGAAUUUCGUAGUUUGAUUUAUAUUGAAAUAUCUAAUACAACUCGACAAUCAUUUGCUGAUUACCAAGCAAAAUUUUAUUUACAUAAUUAUGAACAAAAUUUUAAAUAUAAUUUUAAUGCAUCCAGUAUUAUGUAUCCGUUGCAAUCAAAUGCAUCAUUUGCUUAUAUGAUUAAAUUAUACAAUCCGAGUACACGUGCAUCUAGUGGUACGAUAAUAAUAUCUUCGAAUAUGAUAGUUACUGUAUUCAAUUUUUUUCUUAUUUCAAUAUUUUUUUGUUCAUAA